AUAUACACAUAAAAUAAAAUAAAGUUUAUUUAUCAAUCAUGGCUCAAAAAGUCACUGAAUCUGUUCAACACACUUCGACACGUAUCGUUAGAUUCGUCACACAGAGAUUCUCGAUGACCUUGUUCUCUGUGCCAUCUGUUUCCACCCACCACGUAACAUGCAUCUCAAUCUCCGUCCAUUUCUCAGCUCUUUUCACGUGUCAUGAUCGGGUACAACACAUUCCCAAAAUAUCUUAUCUCCGACCAGAAAAAACUUUAUUAUAUAAACGACCGCAAAACCAGAACCCAUGUUCAUGGGCGUGAACAUGUUACUUUGAGAAACGGAUUUCACAAGAUAAUGUUUUAUAUUCGAAUAUUCAUUACGUCCCUUCUCCAAAGUUAGAUACAAAUAUGCAAUUUUUUAAACAUUUUAAAGACAAAAAUCUACCAAUAAAGUAUCAAUUAAUUGUAAUUAUGGACCUGACUAUAUAUAGACGCUCGUCAUCAUUGUAAUAAAAUUGUUUGUAUAUAAAAAGAGCACUGUUUCUAUGCUCAAGUCUUGAUAAAUUAGAAGGAAGAGAAAAAAAAAUGCAUUAUCAAGAGCAGAUGGAGUCUCUUAUGCUGGGUGAAGAACGCAGACGCGAAAACUGCGUUAGAGACGCAGACGCGGACGCAGAUGAAGGUUUUAACUCUCCCUCUUCUUUUCCAAACUCUCCUGACGAUUCAGACCGUCGCAGUUCUUCUUCUUCAAGGAGAGGAUUGUCAAAACAUUACAGAGGCAAGUCACAGUCCUUCACGUCGUUGUCGGAAGCGCUGACAGUAGAAGAUCUCGCGAAACCCGAGAAUCCUCUCAACGCAAAGCUGAAGCAGCGACGGGAGAGCUCUCACUGUCGACGAUUAUCCGGUUGCGGCGGUGCAUCGCAGCAAAAUCUAGCUGGCCACGACGCUUUCUUCGCCGGAAACGAUAGGCAGCCGAGACUUUCCGGUAACAGACUGCCUCCGAGAGCUCAGACGCUUUCGGCGGCUCACAUAUCGGCUUUGCUCACUCGAACCUGAACCGGGAAGCUUUUAGUUUAUUUGUUUAUCUAAACCGGAAUAGAACCGGGUUUCGUUUGGGAUGAUGUUUUCUCGAGCUUCAGUCUUCUGAAUUGUGUGAGAAUGUAUAAAUUAUAAGUAUUUAGACUCUUAUGAUCGUUUCGUAAUUUUCAGUUUUAAUCUUAAAUUAGCUCAAGCCGAACUUUACUGUA